AUGGCGGCCGCGGACCAGAGCAUGAGCCUCAUGGACGGCACGUACUUCGUGGGGCGCAAGGAGAUCCUGGACUGGAUCAACGGCCUGUGCGCCAUCAACCUGGCCAAGGUGGAGCAGACGUGCACGGGCGCCGUGGCGUGCCAGAUCCUGGACGCCAUGUACCCGGGCAAGGUGCAGAUGAGCAAGGUGGACUGGUCGGCCAACAAGGACUACGAGUACAUCCAGAACUACAAGGUGCUGCAGAAGGCCUUCAUGCAGCUCAAGAUCGACAAGCACGUCGAGGUGGACCGCCUCGUGCGCGGCAAGUACCAGGACAACCUCGAGUUCAUGCAGUGGUUCAAGGCCUUCUACGAGCGCAACGCCUCGGGCCAGCCCUACGACCCCAUCGCGCAGCGCGAGAAGGGCAAGGGCGGCGCGCAGUUCACACAGAAGUUCGGCGGCGGCGCGGCGGCGUCCUCGGCCCCCGCGGCGCCCGCGCGCCGGAAAGUAGGCGCCACUACCACCGCCACGUCCAGGGUCGGUAGGACGCCGCCGGGCGCGCCCACGAGUGUGGGGGCUGCGCGUACAGCGAGGACGUCGACGGGCGCGUCGCUGCGGGAUCCAGUCGAGAGCUUGGAGAAGGAGCGCGACUUCUACUUCAACAAGCUGCGCGAGGUGGAGAUCAUGCUGCAGGGAGCAGAGGACAGCGAGACGAACCCGUUGGCACAGGCGAUCUUCAAGGUGCUCUACGCGACGGAGGAGGAAGGAGUCGAAGAGGAGCAGAUGGCGGGCGAGCCGCAGGACGAGCAGAUGUAG